AUGACGAUUGGCCUCAAAGACCCCAUGCUUCUCACCAACAACUGGAUGCCGGCCAUAGAGAUCCUCCAGGAUCGAUGGCAAAAUUACCGGCAGCGCCCAGAAUACCGUGGUGGCCGACUGCUCGGAGUGCUCAUCAGUGGGGAUAUCUGUCGUUUGUAUGUCGAGCCCUUGGUUGAGCGCGGCCCGCCGAUGCUCUUCAAAUAUCAGGGUCGAAGCGAGUUCGUGCCCUUUCCGAAGGAGGAUGACCUAGAGGCGUUCAAUGCUUUCAUAGACUGCUUUUACGAGCCUGUGGGCCCACGGUCUUGA